ACCAUGGCGGGCCAGGGGGACUGCUGCGUCAAGGUGGCCGUCAGGAUCCGGCCCCAGCUGUCAAAAGAGAAGAUUGAGGGCUGCCACAUCUGCACCUCGGUCACCCCGGGCGAGCCCCAGGUCCUCCUGGGGAAGGACAAGGCCUUCACCUAUGACUUCGUCUUCGACCUGGACACCUGGCAGGAGCAGAUUUACUCUACCUGCGUGAGCAAGCUCGUGGAGGGCUGCUUCGAGGGCUACAACGCCACGGUGCUGGCCUACGGGCAGACGGGGGCCGGGAAGACAUACACUAUGGGCACCGGUUUCGACGUGGCGAUGGCGGAGGAGGAGCAGGGCAUCAUCCCGAGGGCCAUCGCGCACCUCUUUGGGGGCAUCGCUGAGCGCAAGCGGCGGGCACAGGAGCAGGGUGUGGCUGGGCCCGAGUUCAAAGUCAGCGCCCAGUUCCUGGAGCUCUACAACGAGGAGAUCCUCGACCUCUUCGACAGCGCCCGCGACCCCGACGCCCGCCACCGCAGGUCCAACAUCAAGAUCCACGAGGACGCCAACGGCGGCAUCUACACCACGGGCGUCACCUCCCGCCUCAUCAGCUCCCAGGAGGAGCUGAUCCAGUGCCUGAAGCAGGGCGCCCUGUCGCGCACCACGGCCAGUACCCAGAUGAACGUGCAGAGCUCCCGCUCCCACGCCAUCUUCACCGUCCACGUGUGCCAGAUGCGCCUGUGCACGCGGCCCGACCUGGUGAACGAGGCCGUGACCGGGCUUCCCGACGGCGCCGCUCCCUCGGGCGAGUAUGAGACGCUCACCGCCAAGUUUCACUUUGUGGACCUGGCGGGCUCAGAGCGGCUGAAGCGGACGGGGGCCACAGGCGAGCGGGCCAAGGAGGGCAUCUCCAUCAACUGUGGCCUGCUGGCCUUGGGCAACGUGAUCAGCGCCUUGGGGGACCAGAGCAAGAAAGUGGUGCACGUGCCCUACAGGGACUCCAAGCUCACCCGGCUCCUCCAGGACUCGCUGGGCGGCAACAGCCAGACCAUCAUGAUCGCCUGCGUGAGCCCCUCUGACCGGGACUUCAUGGAGACGCUCAACACGCUCAAAUACGCCAACCGAGCUCGCAACAUCAAGAACAAGGUGGUGGUGAACCAGGACAAGACCAGCCAGCAGAUCAGCGCGCUGCGGGCCGAGAUUGCGCGCCUGCAGAUGGAGCUGAUGGAGUACAAGGCGGGCAAGAGGGUGAUCGGGGAGGAUGGCGCCGAGGGCUACAGUGACCUGUUCCGGGAGAACGCGAUGCUGCAGAAGGAGAACGGGGCGCUGCGCCUGCGGGUCAAGGCCAUGCAGGAGGCCAUUGACGCCAUCAACAACCGCGUCACCCAGCUCAUGAGCCAGGAGGCCAACCUGCUCCUGGCCAAGGCCGGAGACGGCAACGAGGCCAUCGGUGCUCUGAUCCAGAACUACAUCCGGGAGAUUGAGGAGCUGCGGACCAAGCUCCUGGAGAGCGAGGCCAUGAACGAGUCCCUGCGUCGCAGCCUCUCUCGGGCCUCGACCCGGGGUCCCUACUCCCUGGGCGCGUCCCCGGUCGUCCCGACCAGCUCCAUGGAGGACGCCUCUGAGGUCAUCCGCCGAGCCAAGCAGGACCUGGAGAGGCUCAAGAAGAAGGAGGUCAGGCAGCGGAGAAAGAGCCCAGAGAAGGAAGCCUUCAAAAAGAGGGCAAAACUCCAACAGGAGAACAGCGAGGAGACGGAUGACAAUGAGGCCGAGGAGGAGGACGAGGAGCCAGAGGAGAGCGGCUGUGAGGAGGAGGAUGAGGACUCGGGCAGUGAGGAGAGCCUGGUGGACUCGGACUCCGACCCUGAGGAGAAGGAGGUGAACUACCAGGCUGACCUGGCCGACCUGACGUGCGAGAUCGAAAUCAAGCAGAAGCUGAUUGACGAGCUGGAGAACAGCCAGCGGCGGCUCCAGACGCUCAAGCACCAGUACGAGGAGAAGCUGAUCCUGCUGCAGAACAAGAUCCGGGACACGCAGCUGGAGCGGGACCGCGUGCUGCAGAAUCUCAGUACCAUGGAGUGCUACACGGAGGAGAAGGCCAACAAGAUCAAGGCGGACUAUGAGAAGAGGCUGCGGGAGAUGAACCGGGACCUGCAGAAGCUGCAGGCCGCGCAGAAGGAGCACGCGCGGCUGCUCAAGAACCAGUCUCGCUACGAGAGGGAGCUCAAGAAGCUGCAGGCCGAGGUGGCCGAGAUGAAGAAGGCUAAGGUGGCCCUGAUGAAGCAGAUGCGGGAGGAGCAACAGCGGCGGCGGCUGGCGGAGACCAAGAGGAACCGGGAGAUCGCUCAGCUCAAGAAGGAGCAGCGGCGGCAGGAGUUUCAGAUCCGGGCUCUGGAGUCCCAGAAGCGGCAGCAGGAAAUGGUCCUGAGGAGGAAAACCCAGGAGGUUUCUGCACUGAGGCGUCUGGCCAAGCCCAUGUCUGAGCGGGUGGCGGGCCGCGUGGGACCGAAGCCACCCAUGCUGGACUCGGGCACCGAGGUGUCGGCCAGCACCACCUCGUCCGAGGCCGAAUCGGGGGCCCGCUCCGUCUCCAGCAUCGUGCGCCAGUGGGACCGCAAGAUCAGCCACUUCUUGGGGAGCCACCCCGCGCCCACCAUGUCUGGCGCCCGCCCUGCCAGAAAGAAGUUCCAGAAGAAGGGGGCCAGCCAGAGCUUCAGUAAGGCCGCCAGGCUCAAGUGGCAGUCGCUGGAGCGGAGGAUCGUCGACAUCGUCAUGCAGAGGAUGACCAUCGUCAACCUGGAGGCUGACAUGGAGCGGCUCAUCAAGAAAAGGGAGGAGCUAUCCCUCCUGCAGGAGGCGUUGAGGAGGAAGCGGGAGCGGCUGCAGGCCGAGAGCCCGGAGGAGGAGAGGGGGCUGCAGGAGCUGGCAGAGGAGAUCGAGGUGCUGGCGGCCAACGUCGACUACAUCAACGACAGCAUCGGCGACUGCCAGGCCACCAUUGUGCAGCUGGAGGAGACCAAGGAGGAGCUGGACUCCACAGACACGUCGGUGGUCAUCAGCUCCUGCUCCCUGGCCGAAGCCCGCCUCCUGCUGGACAACUUCCUCAAGGCGUCCAUCGACAAGGGGCUGCAGGUGGCCCAGAAGGAGGCCCAGAUCCGGCUGCUGGAGGGACGGCUGAGGCAGACAGACAUAGCGGGCCCCUCCCAGAACCACCUGCUGCUCGACGCCCUGCGCGAGAAGGCCGAGGCCCAUCCCGAGCUGCAGGCCCUCAUCCACAACGUGCAGCAGGAGAACGGCUACGCCAGCACAGAUGAGGAGGUGUCUGAGGUCUCGGAGGGGAGCUUCUCCCAGUCGUUCACCAUGAGAGGCUCCACCAGCCAUGACGACUUCAAGUUCAAGGGUGAGCCCAAGCUGUCCGCCCAGAUGAAGGCCGUGUCUGCCGAGUGCCUGGGCCCCCCGCUGGACGUGUCCACCAAGAACAUCACUAAGUCCCUGGCCUCCCUCGUGGAGAUCAAAGAGGACGGAGUGGGCUUCUCCAUCCGAGACCCCUACUACCGGGACAAGGUCUCUCGGACCAUCAGCCUGCCCACCAGAGGGAGCACUUUCCCCCGGCAGUCUCGAGGAGCGGAGACGUCCCCUCUGACCCGGAGGAAGUCAUACGACCGAGGGCAGCCCAUCAGGUCCACAGACGUGGGCUUCACGCCCCCCUCGUCCCCUCCCACUCGGCCCCGGAACGACCGAAACGUCUUCUCUCGUCUCACCAGUAACCAGAGCCAAGGGUCAGCGCUGGACAAGUCUGAUGACAGCGACUCCUCUUUGUCGGAGGUCCUGAGGGGCAUUAUCACCCCGGUCGGAGGAGCCAAGGGCGCGCGGACGGCCCCGCUGCAGUGCGUCUCCAUGGCCGAGGGCCACACCAAGCCCAUCCUCUGCCUGGACGCCACGGACGAGCUGCUUUUCACAGGGUCCAAAGACCGCAGCUGUAAGAUGUGGAACUUGGUGACAGGGCAGGAGAUCGCAGCUCUGAAGGGCCACCCCAGCAACGUGGUCUCCAUCAAGUACUGCAGCCUCUCUGGGCUCGUGUUCUCCGUGUCCACCUCCUACAUCAAGGUGUGGGACAUCCGAGACUCGGCCAAGUGCGUCCGGACCCUCACGUCCUCAGGCCAGGUGGUCUCAGGGGACGCCUGUGCGGCUGCGUCCACCCGCACCAUCACCAGCGCUCAGGGAGAGCACCAGAUCAACCAGAUCGCCCUCAGCCCCUCGGGCAGCAUGCUGUAUGCCGCCUCGGGCAACGCCGUCCGCAUCUGGGAGCUCAGCAGGCUCCAGCCCGUCGGCAAGCUGACUGGCCACAUCGGCCCCGUGAUGUGCCUGACGGUCGCCCAGACCGCCAGCCAGCACGACCUGGUAGUGACCGGCUCCAAGGACCACUACGUUAAGAUGUUUGAGCUGGGUGAGUGUGUGACGGGCACCGUCGGCCCCACCCACAACUUCGAGCCCCCGCACUACGAUGGCAUCGAGUGUCUGGCCAUCCAGGGGGACAUCCUGUUCAGUGGCUCCCGGGAUAAUGGCAUCAAGAAGUGGGACCUGGAGCAGCAGGAGCUCAUGCAGCAAAUCCCCACGGCGCACAAGGACUGGGUGUGCGCCCUGGCCUUCGUCCCGGGCCGCCCCAUGCUGCUGAGCGCCUGCCGCGCAGGCGUCAUCAAGGUCUGGAACGUGGACAACUUCACGCCCAUUGGCGAGAUCAAGGGCCACGACAGCCCCAUCAACGCCGUCUGCACCAACGCCAAGCACAUCUUCACCGCCUCCAGUGACCUGACAGUGAAGUUCUGGAGUGCCCGGCGCCUGGUACCCAGCGGCCCCCACUAGGAGUGAGCUCAGAGGACAGCCUGACCCUCGGCCCAGCAGCUGGGAUGCACAGAGGGGAAGCUGGGGCCCAGCGGGGCGGCGCCCGGGGGACAGAGGCUGUGGCCCUCCUGCCCGCCUUCCUCUCCCUGACCUUCCCACGGGAUACUGCCCCCUCCCUCCCCCGCCUCCUGGGGACAGGGAGGUCCGGGAGUUAAUUAAGCUGUGAAGCCAAAGGGCGUUUCCCCUCAUUUCUCUCCCUGCAGGCCUGCCCACCCCCCAACCUGUCCCCGUGUUCCCUUGCCGAGCUGGCCACGCCCUUCCUCCAGCCUUGGCCCGGGGGGUCGGUCCGGGAGGUGGGGCAGCCCUCGCCGUGCCCCUCCGGCCAGCAGGCCUCCCCUACAUCCUCUGGCCCAGCCACUGCACCUGCCUCUGAGCCCAGAAAGAUAGCCCUCAGGUAACCAUGGAAACCAGGUGUAGGCAGCUGGCCCUGCAGCUGACCUUAGCCCCCCGGCCACCAGUGGCCACUCCCCGUG